AUGUGCGGCGACCACCCAUCUUUCACCAAGGCUGAACUGAACUUAAAAGAGGGAAAAGCGGAGAAUAAAGAGAAAGAUAGGAAGAUAUCAAACUCAUUUAUCAGAAUUUCACCUACUAUAUCCCGCACAAAGGCCACAGAGGAGCUCGCGCCGGCGGCGGCGGCGCUGGACGACGCGCCGCAGGCCUUGUUCGCCGCGCAGGGGAACAGGGAGCUCGUGCACGCGGCGCUGGGCAGCUUCCGCUGGCCGCCGUACCUGGUGUGCGCGUGGCUGCUGGCGCUGGCGCUGGCGCACGCGCUGCACGCCACGCGCGCGCUGCUGGACCGCGCGCUGCCGCCCUUGCGCGCGGCGUGCGCGUGGUCGCGCGCGCGCGCGGGCGCGGCGUGGCGCGGCGCGGGCGGGGCGCGCGCGGGCGCGGAGGCGGCGCUGGCGGCGGCGCUGCACGCGCUGUACUCGGUGGCGGCGGCGGCGCGCGCGCUGGCCGCGUGGGCGCUGGAGCCGCCGGCCCCGAGUGUGUACGACGCGAAGGUAACCAACUAUGACGACGUCGACUCGCAGAUAAGCCCGCGUUUGAAG